AUGGGCCACAAGGUUAAUAGCGUGUGUAUUUUACAGAGCAUAAAAGAAUCCAAGAGACCAGCUAUUACGUCUGGAUCCCAACACAGUCCCGCAGUUGGCAUGAUCGCGGCUGUAGCAGUAGUCUGCCAAGCCAGUGCCGACAUUAAAAAAAUAAAAACAGCCAUGGAAUCACCCCAAAAAACCCUUGACCAAGAUGAGGCCAAGAUGCAAACGGCUGUAUCCCUCCAAACGGAUAUCUCUUGCAUGAGCAGCCAAAUAACAACCUUCAUAGAUCAAAUCGGACCGGCCAUCACAACUCUUGAACGACUCCAAGCAGCGUGGCACGAUAUGUCCAGCGAUCUCCAAAACAUCUACGAUCUAGUAGCCGAAGAGUUUACAGGGGAGGUACCUACUAUGGGGAUUGGGGAGUUGGGAUUGAAUAACAUUAUUGAGGAGUGGAAUGCGUUAAAAGACGAUGUCCAAAACUAUCGCAGUACGGUAUACCUGACCGAUGAUCCAGCUAUACUUACGCCGGAGGAAUACAACAAUGCAUUGCAAGACGCCAGCGGGGCAAAAAUUGCAUAA